UCGGCUUUAGUGGAAUUCGAGUGACGCACUUUAUAAAUGUGUAACCGUUCUGUGGGUGGGAGCAAAAGUGCAAUAAAAGGACUAAACACACCUAAGAGUGAUUGAUUACAUAGUGAACACUUCGCUGUAUACAAACAAUCAUGCUGGCAAGGCUUGUUUUGGUACUUUGUUUGGCAGCUUUGGCAAGUGCAGCUGUUAUCCCCGUUGGCUCUAAAGAGGCAAAAUGCUCUGAGUACUACCUGCCCAUGUGUACCCGGGAAUAUAACCCUGUGUGUGGUACUGAUGGAGUCACAUACCCCAACGAAUGCAUGCUGUGUUUGGAAAAUAUGGAGGACAAAGGCAACAGAUUAAUCUCCAGGAUGGGCGAAUGCUGAGACAAAUCCACUCAUUUAUAUUAUCUAGAUGUGACAUGAAGGCUGGAACCACAUGCAUUUUUUUUCUUUCUUUUUUUUAAUGGUUUUGUUUUAAGAUAAAGUGUUUUCCCCCUGUUGUGUGUCCUUUUUUAAAACAUUAUAUUCACUUAAUAAAACCUUGAUAUAGAA